AUGGCAGAAGGUUUUAGUGAAGUGAAUGAAGGUUUUUGUGGAGAUAUAUUCGAUAUCUUUGUUUAUUUAUUUUGUUUAAUUGGAGGUGCACUCUAUUUCAUUGGAUAUCUAUUUUACAAAAUAAUAUUGGUACCUGUAGCUGUUGUAAUUGGUGUUAUUUUAACUGUUUAUUUCUUAGUUGGACCACCUUUGUUUGCUUCCCUGACAUUAUAUAAUCCAAUUAUCAGUGUAAAUCAACCAGUUGCUUUUUUUGAAUUCACCAAUUUCACCACAGAACCAUCAGGAUUCCAAGAUUGUACAAUCGAUUACUAUGUCAGUCAUUUGGUGAUUACCUACAAUGACUCUAAUAACAUUCCAACUCUGACUAGCUGUGAUUAUACUGAUGAGACUGUUGUUGACCAACCGAAUUUUCUUAAUAUGAGUGUUACUCAAUGUCAAAUCGGUUCUGGGGUUUACAGUUUCUACUUGGUGAGCUACGAUGCUAAACAAAAAGGAUAUGUUCUCCAAACACUUUUGAUAACCAUAGCCGUUCUUGGUACUGCCCAGAUCCUAUUGAUGGUUCACCAGCUGUGCACAGACAGGGUACCUACUUCAUGUCUCUUGUUUUUCUGGUUAGCAACGCUCUCACUUGAAGUUACUGUCAUUAUCUAUUCUCAACUUCAAUUUAAACAAUCAUUGGAUAUGACAUAUCGUAAGUUUGAUAUUAAAUUAUUCUUUCAAUCUGUUGAUGUGGAUGUUUUCACAAAAGGUUUUAUCUAUGAAAUAUUCUUGGCUGCACAUGAAAUAAUACCAUUAUUGUGUAUCUUUACAUUAUUUUGGUCAUAUGAUAACAGAUUUAAGAGAAAAUUGAUUGUCAUCAGAGAAAAACAUGAGUACUCUGAAAUAAUUUUAAUAUCAACAACAUCAGAUAUUAGAAGAGAUAAUCAAAAUUUAGAAGACCAAAGAAGAGCAGAUAUGAGCAAAGAAAAUAUUUGCAGAAUUAUUUUUGUUAUUAUUGCCUUAGGUUCAUUGAUUGGUGUAAUUUCGAAGCACUUAGAGCUUUGGGUACCAAGUGGUUAUAAAAUCCACCGUUAA